GGACCGUGUUUCAAUUAUUUUAUUCCGUGUAUUUUUCCAUGAUUUUAUUUGAAUAAUCACAAAAAAAUGAAAAAUUGAUCUUGUAAAUAUUGCGUGUUUGAAGGAGUUGAAUCGUCAAAACACAAUAAAUCCCUUCAGCUUCGAAAUAACACAAUAAAAAUCAGACAAAACCGUUCUGAGAUUAACACCUGCGACCUUUCUUAGGAAAAAUGUGGGGCUUCAGUCCGUCCUUUGACAUCCAGGAUGAGCUCGACCUGGGUCCUCCGUGCAUCAAGAAAGCCUCCAACGUGAACGUCCUGCUGGUCGGUGUGGGCGACUUGCGACACGUCCUCCGCACCAUCGCCCGGUCGUACCGCCACCCGAACAACCGCCGCAUUAACAUGCACGUGCUGGAGUCCUCCCUGGAAGCGACGGCGAGGCAGCUACUGCAGCUGAAUCUGGCGCUGGAGCCAGCCGACGUAAUGAACCCGCUGCAGAAGGCGCGGAUGUUUCUGGAAAUCCACGGUAACACCCUGGUGCGGCCCAACACGCUGCAGUACAUCAAGCUAAAGGCCUGUCAGAUGAUUUAUAUGGUGACCGACCACGUUUAUCUCAAGAACAGACUGCCCAUGGUGUCCCUGGAGAAUCUCAAGUACAAGGAAAAGGACUUUAUGGAGGCCACGUACAAGUUCUGGAAGAACUCCACCAUCGAUUACUUUGACAUCACCAAACUGUGGGAUAUGAGACUCAGGUCGUACCUGGGACAAAGGUACGAUUCCAGGGAUAACGUGUUCGACUGGGACUACCACAUGAAGCUGAGUUCCAGCGCCGAGCACGGCCUCCCCGUGACCCACCAGGAGUACCUGAACUGGCGCGAAACUGGUGUUGCUUUUCGGUGGCUCAAUUCUGCCGAAUGCACCGACGUCAACAUGACGAUGGCUACGGGAAUAAUCAGCGAUCCAAACCAAAAAAGUAGCCAGUUUCUUGGCGACAUGCUCACCGGCCCCUUUAUCAGCUUCGGCGUGGAGAGCGAGGACGCAGAAAUUCUGAAGAAGUGCAACAACAAGUACAUUCACAGCGCUUCCGCAGUAUCAGAGCACAACGUCACCAGGAUCAUGUUCGAACUGGCUUUCAAGAAACCGUACGAUUUUGAAGAGGGCUUCGUCGACGACUGGGGCGCGGUGUACGACCUCUCUUCGCCGACCCCCUCGAGGUUGAGCUCGGCCAGGUCCAUCAGCCGCGAAGACUCGGGAUACUUCCGCUCUCCUGCCAGGGAGGAGUACAGUUCGCUCAUUGUUGACGAUAUGGAAGUGACCUUUUUGUCGCCUACCACCCUGGCAGACGAAAGGCCGAGCAGCAAAUUCCGCGGCACUUUCAACGUCAUAAUUCUCGGUCAAACAGUUGUGCCCUCGAUCAUCAACGAAAAUCUGCUCUCUUUGGCUGCGGAUGACGCCUUGUUGUUGAUUGAAGGAAAGAAAUACGUGGUUGGACCUCGGAGGUGUGACCUGAAAGACUUUAAGGAGAACUUCAUCGAGAUGAUGAAGGACCUGAAACUGGAGCCGCACCCAUAUAACACUGAAUACGACCCGGUCAAUGAAGGACUAGUGCGCUACACGUUUAACAGAAGCAGCGUUCAAUGACAACUAGCUCAGCAGCAGAGCCUGAGCAGUACAAAUACUGACCAUCACUUUGUGACCAUUGUGGAGAACCACAUGCCUUAAUUUACAGGCCUGAACGUUUAGUGUGACUGUAAAGUUGUGCGCUUAUAUUAAGUGGUAGCAGAUCGGUGAAUGGAAGUAAAGAUCAAAUAAUUGUUUAAAUUGAUAAGUUAAGUGGGGAAAAUUGUUUGAAUUUCACAAGUAAUUAAAUUAAAAAGAUUAGCUUUUUUAGAAAUAGUGAAUGAAUAAUACAUGUUAUUGCUCACACAUCAUAAAAGCGCAAUAUACACUUGAAUGUGAUACAAUUUUAAGGGAACACUUUUACCAAGAAGAAGUACUUGCGUUAUCGAAAAUCAAAUAAGAAAAAUCAAAUAUAAUUAUUUAAAUACUUUGCAUCCGCGACACAGUUUUCACAAAAUGCGAUCCAAUCUUUGUACAGUUAUCCAGCAUUGGAUUUCCAAGAUAAACUCCGCUUAUUUUACACUGAAUUUUUUGUUAUUAUUGUUCCUUUCAUCAAUGUAUUUGGUUAAACGACGAGUAUGAAAAAUAAAAUUACUCAUUGUAUAU